UCUGAACGCCGUCGUCUACCACGGGGGUCUGGCCAGCCGGCAGAUCAUCCAGCAGUACGAGAUGUACUUCCGGGACGCCAAGUAUCCAACUGUCACCCGAUUGAAAUCCCGAGAAGUGGACAAAGGCUGUGAAUUUGGCUCAAUCACAUUGAGAGGACAUUGCGUUUGAAAACUGCCAGAAAACCAACUGCUAUACUAUCAGACAAUUACCUUUAAACGUGAAGGGUAUAGGGCUGUGUUAUUGGCUGCACUUCACACAAAGAAACUAAUCAGAUAUAAGUAUGAGCUGCCAACACAAGGCAGAGGAGAACGUCUGAGAAAACCGAAGAGAGCGACAUGGAGUGUGGGACUACCUCUGGGAAAGGAGGUCAUAUGGCAAAGGGUUUGAGCUCCAAAUGCAACCAAGUGAGUGGAGGAGAGGCCGGGAGCAGCAGAUACGGUUUGAGAAAGAGGGAGAGAAGAGAUCACACUGAGGAAAGGGAUCUUCGUGACGAUGAUUAUAUGUCGCCCCACGUGGAUGUUUCUGAGGCUCAUUCCUGGCCUCGUGCUCGCGUUGUGUUGACUCGUGCCGAGUUCCUCCACAAACACAGCAGAGGACAUCACGAGUUCCAUAAAGACACAUCAACAACGCAGACUGCGUGCAGCGCCAAUGAUGCUUUGCAGCAGAGAGCGUCUCAGGAACCUAUCGUGUUUCAUGUUGAAGCGAACCGAGUCUCGCAAACAGGAUCUCUGGAGGGUCACAAGCAAUCGAUCUCAGGAGAUAGACUGUAUAAAUGUUCCCGAUGUGAUGAGACUUUCAUACAUUCUGAACACCUCGAGAGACACCAGCGAUCACACCGAGGAAAGCGACUGUAUAAAUGUGUGGAAUGCGGGAAGAGUUUCACAAGGUCGAGCAGUCUGCAGAUACACCAUCGAUCGCACACCGGAGAGAGACCAUACGCUUGUGUUGAAUGUGGAAAGCGUUUUACAACGGCAUCUUAUCUCCAGAUCCACCAUCGGUUUCACACAGGAAAGAGGCCAUAUGAAUGUGCUCAAUGUGGAAAGAGUUUUACAUCGUCAGGUUACCUCCGGAUACACCAUCGGUUUCACGAAGGAGAGAGGCCGUAUGAUUGUGAGGAAUGUGGAAAGCGUUACACCACUUCAAGUCACCUCCAUAGACACCAACAAUCACACACAGGACAGAAACCGUAUAAAUGUGCAGAAUGUGGAAAGGGUUUCACAGCAUCGGGAUCGCUCAAAAUACACCAUCGAUCACACACUGGAGAGAGACCAUACAAAUGUGCUGAGUGUGGAAAGAGAUUUUCAACAUCGAGUUAUCUCCAGGUCCAUCAUCGAUCCCACACAGGAGAGAGGCCACACAAAUGUGUUAAAUGUGGAAAGAGUUUUGUAACGUCAGGGAAUCUCCACGUACACCAGCGAUCGCACACUGGAGAGAGACGGUAUAAAUGUGCAGAAUGUGGAAAGCGUUUCACGACGUCGGCUUAUCUCCAGAUACACCAUCGAUCACACACCGGAGAGAAACCGUAUAAAUGUACUGAAUGUCAAAAGAAUUUUACCAGUAAACAGCAGCUCCAACGUCACCGGCGGAUACACACAAGAGAGACUGCGUGAUUGUGCCGAAUGUGUGAAGAAUUUUGCGGCGUCGGACCCGAAGGAAAAUCACACAUGUUGUUUACCAGGGGAAAGUUUUCAAGGAGCCGAUACAGUUCAAAGCCCAUAUGAGAAGCUGCUUUGAGAAAUGCAUAGAAUAACAGUAAUGAUUCGAUGUGUACCGGACAGAUAUCUGUUUGAUCCAACACCAUUGACUCAGUUCAGAAAACCAAUGCCACAGUUUGUCCCCUUCUCUCCUGAACAUGUGCUGAGGAACCAGUAAUUCCUGAAGGUCCUCCCAAACUAUUGGAGAGAGACCAUAGGAAUGUGCUGAAUGUGGAAAGAGCCCAUGUCAGGCUAUCACCGAGGUGUGUGACUGCUGGAAAGAAUAACAGAGUGGCUCGGUGAGAUAUGUGCCCUCUGAAACGAGCUGUGGCUUCCAGUAUCGGAGCUCACAUCACUAAAGUAUAUAUUUUUGGUCAAAGACACCUCCUCCCCUGGUUUGUUACCAGCAGAAUGGGGAGUGCUUAAGUUUUUUUUACCAACCAGGUUAUUUUUCGCUGUUUAUGUUAAUCAAAAUAUUUCCUUUUGAAUUGCUGUGCUGAUAUGUGUGGUGGUGGUGGGGGCUGUGUUUGUGUGUGUGCGUGUACUAUGUGUGUGUCUGUGGGCUGUGUGUGUGUGUGUGUGUGCGGAGGGGAUUUGUAUGUGCGGUGGUGGCUGAAUGUGUGAGGAGGAGCUCUGUGUGUGCGCGGGGGGUGUGUGGGAUGGGGGGCUGUUUGUCGGAUGGGGGGGUUUGUGUGAUGGUGUUGGUGGUGGACUUGAGGUUUGUGGGAGAGGGGUGUUAAUCAGUUUAUUUAUCACUCUGUUACCAUCGGGGUGAGACACUGUCGACGUUCACUGUAAUGUUGCAAUGAGCUAUAACUAAUGUUAAAGCCAUCAGCAUGGAA